AUGGAUUCUAAAGAAAGAGUCGAUGAUGAAAAAACUCUAGACAAGAGUGGGGAGAUGAUAUCGAAGCUUCAAGAGAGGGUUGAUAAAAUAAUUUCUGAUUUGCAAACGCCAGGAUCAUCAGCAGCAACUUUAACUGAUGUUCAAACCCUUUACAACGAAAUUAAACAACUUCUCAAUACGACUACCAAGACUCACCAAGAUCCGGCUAAAGUGUCGCCACAUAUUCGCGACGAGCUUGACACGGACUUUGUUGCUGAGGAAGUUGGACACUCCUGCGACUUAUGCCAGAGAGAUCUCGCCAAGGAUCCAGAACGGCCUAAUGCUUCCUUGCGCAGCUUACAAGAGUCGUGCGUGCUGUCUUGUGGUCAUGUCUACCACUUCAAGUGUUUGAAAGGCACCACUCUUGAUAUCGAUAACCAUUCUAAUGAUCCUUCCUGCGUUUUUUGCAUUAGCUGUUCUAGCUAAUCAUUGUUCAAAUACUUCUAA